AUGGACGCCAACGUGAGCUGGUGACUAAGGUAGCAGCAGAGGAUGACCGGCUUAGGAUGCAAGUCUCUCUCCCUCCUCUUUCUCCCGAUGUUUGGCAUUCUAGCCAGCACCAGUAACUACACUGCCGUAACACCAAAACCGGAGCCUUGCUGCUACGGCAAGAGGAAGGUGCCCCACGGGGAGGUGUUUGUCUCCCUGCCCGAGAUCUGUGUAAACCUGGUGUGUCAAUACGGGGAGAUCGUCCGUGUUUAUCUAGAAGGGGAUACAAAGAGCUGUUGCGAGUUUGACGGGAUUCUGUAUCCUAAUGGGGCAGAACUGGAGCUAAUGUGCUUCAAGAUGAUCUGUAAAAAGGGCAGAUGGUCGCACCCUGGCACUAUUGACCGCUGUUGCAAACACUGUACCCUGUACAAUGACCCCCACAUCAGAACGUUCGACGGGUAUCAGUACGACUGGCACGGCCGCUGCAACUACUCGAUUGCUCAGUCUGACACCACCCUAGACCCAUAUAUAGGCAUCUUCUCCGACUUCGUGCCUUGUGUUGGUGAAGCCUCUUGCCUCGCUCACACCACCUACAGGGUGAACCCUCACACCAUUAUCACACUAAAAAAUUCAGCGGAGUUCGACUUGGAGGUGAACGGGCAGCCCUUCCACGUACCUCUGUUGGGUGUACGCCACUUGAUCACGGCAGACGGCACCCAGCACCCCGUGCUCGUCUUCAGGUCAACGGGCUGUAUUGUCCUUAUUAGCUCCUCCGGAAUUGUCGUGAUGCACUGUCGGUAUCGGCUGGAUGUAUGGGCUCACCCCAACCACACGAACCACCUGGACGGGCUGUGUGGCCACUUUAACUUCUACCAGCGGGACGACUUCACUAACAGAGACGGAGAGAUCCACGCGCUCCACUACUGGCCCCUCGCCUUCCCCCUGUCCUGGCUGACCUCUGAACAGUUGGAUCGGAAGUGCCUGUACAGGUGUCCGGAGCCUCACCUCACGUGCUCGGGGGAGACGACAACCAGUCCUUGUUACGCCAGUGCUUCCUCCAUGGUCCCCUACACCACUAACUGCACCGCUGAACUCCAACCCAUCAUUGGAAAGGCUGAAGAUCUUCAAUCAUAUAUCGACACGUGCGCCUUCGACCUGUGUUUGGAGCUUCAGAACGGAGGUAACCCAGACUCCAUUUAUAAACUCCUAACCAAGAUUAAGUGGGUCCUCAAGGUUGAGAAAGCCAUAUAUCUCAGGACUUUUGGUUCUAGCGCCUACACUCCAUGAUCUUCCACACCGACUCUGACGUUAGUACAGAACGACUACUAUACGACGGGUCUCGGUCCUUGUUGCUGACGAGUCCAGUAGUUGUGGAACUACUUGGCGAGAUUAAUAAAAAUGUGCCAAAAUA